UAAUAUACAUGGAAUUGACGAGAGUGCAAGCUCGAGGCCCUCGCACUACCCCAAGCCAUUAAUAUUCCCGGGCGUCAUUCUUGCCAUGGCCUUUGUGUCCCUCGAUACCGCUGCUAUAAUAUCGACAUCACUGGAAGGCAUUCUAUAUGGCUUUUCGGUCCUUAUGUUUAUUGGCACCAUGUGGGCGAUGACCUACAAACAUUCCAUGCGAGAUCUCAAUCGCCCAGUCGCUGCUGCAUCCGUCCUACUGUUGAUAUUGAGUACCGCACACAUAAUUUUGGGCAUUAUUCGGAUGGAAUACGGACUGGUGACCUAUCGCGAUACGUUCCCAGGUGGGCCAGCGGGGUACUUUGCAGAUGUUUCUCAAGAAACGUAUUUGAUCAAGAAUUCAAUAUACAUUCUGCAAACUCUGCUGGGCGACGCGGUGGCGAUUUAUCGUUGUUACGUCGUUUGGCAAAAUCCCUGGGUCAUCAUCCUACCAAUCAUGCUGUGGUGUGGUAUCGCAGUCACUGGUGCUCUUUCGGUCUACGGUGAUUCACAAACCACUGGAGUCAUCUCCGCCACAGUGGAUAUGGAGUGUAUGGGAGCAUUCUGUGCCUUGACACUUGCAGCAACUUUGUCGAGUUCGGGAUUACUCGCGUAUCGCAUCUGGAAAAUCGAGCGCAAUGUCUCUACCUCGCGCACUGCAAAGGUCAUGACCACAAGUAUAACGCGCGUAAUAAUGGAUGCUGCUAUGUUGUACUGCGUAGCGCUCCUCUCUACAGUGAUUGGAUCCCUCUGCUCGGGCAGUGGACCGUUUGUUCUGAUAGACGUGCUCACGCCAAUCAUCUCGAUUACCUUUUACAUGGUAAUCAUCCGAAUCGCAAUUGGUAAAGGCACUCAGAGUCGGAUCUUGACUGUCCGUGCGGGAAUGACCAGUGACACGGAACGAGGGAGCUUCUCACGAUAUUCUAUGAAGCCUCUGCAGGUCCAGGUAUCCCACUCCACGCAUAUCGAAGGUUCCCCGGUGUACGGAAUUUUGGACCAGAGCAAACUACCCACACGCAAGGAGUCUUUGGAUGGGGGAUAUGGCGAUACAUUAUCAGGCUGAACUCAAUCACUGUUCCACAGAAAUUAGUUUGAUAGUAUUGGACGAUAGCAUUUGGUCGGUCCGAGGUGCGUGAUAACGAAGAAGAAUCAUUAAUACAUGACUCGAAUAAGACUUUGUAUAUUAUAAUUACUGUACGAG